UUCCAUCAGUCAUCACUUCAUCGACAUCCCUUGCGCUACCUAGGAUUUAUUAACGGACGUUGGCACUCUAAGGUUCUAAAAAUGGCUCGUAAUGAGGAGAAAGCGCAAUCCAUGCUCUACCGCUUCCGCGAAGCCCAAGCGGCGGAGCUGGGACUGGGCACCAGAAGUGAUCGCAGGCCACGGAUGGCCAGUACUUGCAAGAGCCUGCGUGACUGCGAGCGGUGGAGAGGAGAGAUCCUGCGCGAGAUCAGUCGCAAGGUGUCCAAGAUUCAAGAUGCUGGACUCACGGACUACGAAGUCAGGGAUCUGAAUGAUGAGAUUAACAAGUUGAUGAGAGAAAAGAGACACUGGGAGAACCAAAUCGUAGCUUUAGGUGGAGCCAAUUACAGGCGGAAUGUCGCCAUGUUGGAUCAAGAUGGGAAAGAGGUUCCUGGAACGAAAGGCUACAAGUACUUCGGUCGUGCGAAGGAAUUGCCAGGAGUCAAGGAAUUGUUCCAAAGCAAAAAGAAGGAAGAAGACGAAGAGACCCAAACGCAAAGCUACUACAAGAAGUUCACCAAUCAAGGGCCUGCAUACUUCGGUGACCAAGACGAACAAGAUCCGACAGUGUUGCAGUUUGAGAAAAGCGCGGAGGAGGAAGAGUGGGAAGAUGCAUAUUCGCAUUUGCGGUCAGCGCUCGGCCUCCCUACCGACGAGCCGAUACCCAAGAUACCCCGGCCGACGAGGACUACAACGGCCGUCACCGUGACAGACCAAUCGCAACCACCCACGUCUGAGACGAAACGCAAAGCUCCAGAGGAGGAUAUAGAAAUGUCUGAAGACGGUAGCACGGCAGAAGAUCAGGGUAAGAAGCAGCGAACAGAAGUUACACCACAAGGUUUUGCGAACGGUGCUGUUUUGCCGCCAGAUGCAGCAAUCGCAUAUGCCAAUACGACGGCGGCAUUCAUACCCUUCCUAUCACCGGAGAACUUAUUACCACCGAAGCUGCCUACAAGACAGGAGAUGGAGGCAUAUCUGCUGGGUCUGCGGAAAAAAGCGUUGGUCGAAGAGUACUUCGGGGACGACCAGAGGUAGCCAGCCAGCUUGCUGUGCACAUUAUCCCAUUCAUACAUCUUGCCUCCUUCGCUGCUGUAUUGUCUCCCUCCUGCAAUAUUAUUUGCGUGUGCAGUUGUUGCCUCCAUUGUCUCAGCG